AUGACUAACCCGAAGCUACUAGCUGUGCUUGUGCUCUUGCAGGUAAUCACUCUCCAUAUCCAUGGUGUCGCAUCGUCCACAGCCAACAAACGCGUGCCAAAGCCCAGUGGUGGCCGCUGCCAUAUCAGCGGCUUCCUCUACGGCAAGGCUGGCAAGUGCAACAAGGAGAAUGGCUCCGACUGCUGUAUUCCCCGCCACCGCUACCCGCAGUUCAGGUGUUCGCCCCCAGUGUCCUCCAAGACAGUGGCAACCUUGACGCUGAACAGCUUUGCCCGCGGGGGUGACGGUGGUGGGCCGUCCUUCUGUGACGAUCGCUACCACAAGGACAGCGAGCUGGUGGUGGCGCUGUCUACUGGGUGGCUGCGCCUCGACGGCACACGUCGGUGCAACAAGAUGAUCCGCAUCAGCGGGAACAGGCGGUCCGUGCUGGCCAAGGUCGUCGACGAGUGUGACUCGGUGCAUGGCUGUGACAAGGAACACAACUUUGAGCCACCAUGUGCAAACAACAUCGUGGACGGGUCGCCAACGGUAUGGAAGGCGCUGGGGCUCAACAAGAACAUCGGAGAAUUUAAGAUCACUUGGUCUGAUGUGUGA